UACCCUUUGCUUAACCCUUCUUUUACCAAUUAAUUCUCCUCUUUACGUACAUUUUCCCCUUCUCUCUCUCUCUCUCUCACUGCGCCUUUCGUCUCUUCUUCAUAUUUGUUUGUUUUCUCUCCUCAUCGCUCUUGUUUACUGUUACCUUCUUUCUACUUCACCUCCUACUUCUGUUUUCUUUCGUUUCUUUCUCUUUUCUCUCUCUCUCUCUCUCUCUCUCUCUCUCGUUAUUCUUCCCUGCAUUUUCUUACUCUCUAUAUUUCAUGCGCUUCUUCCCUUCUCUCUUCACCGUCCAUAUCUCCAGUGUUUUGUAAUUUUACUUCUUCGCCACUAACCUUUCGUAAGCAAGCCCCUCCUUCAGUCUUCCAUCUCCCCCUCACACGCCGUCUAUUUUUAUAUCUCUUUCAGUUACUUAUUUUUCACAUCCUUUCUUUAUCUUUCACAUAUCAUCUUCCACUCAUUUCCCCCACAUCUCUUCCCCGCAAUCAACUAUUUUCAUUCCCACUCUCUCAAUCUCUAACAUUAUCCUCUCCCUCGCAUUUACGUUCUUAUCCUCACCCUCUCUAUUUCUUACUCGCUUCUUUCUCUAUUCCUUUCAUACUUCUGUCUUACUCUCUCCUCUACUUAUUUUCCCCACUUUCUUUCCCCCCCUCUCUCUCUCUCUCUCACUCACUCACUCACUCACUCUUAUUCAUCUUUUAUUCUCUUCUUUCACUCCGUCUCUCAUUCUCCUCCCUUCCUCUGUAUGUCCAGACCAUCAUGAGCCGUCUGUACGACAACCAACCUCUACAGAAUCUGGCUGUCAAAACCUACAGCUGGGGCAAAUUAUGGAAUCCGACCCCAUACAAAAGUGGCUGUGGUGUUAUUGUAGAAGGCACCAUCCAAGGUCGAUCUCGGCUGGCAAUCACAGAUGUAGACAAAAAUAAGUUCCGUUAUGUGGUCUUGCACAUUGCCUGCCAGAGAGCUCACAAGAGAAAGUUUGAUGCCACAAACAAAGAAAUUGAACCAAAUUUCAGUGAAACUAAGAAAGUCUCAACUGGUUUUCUAAAUUCUUCAUACAAGGUGGCAGCAGUCGGUGAAUCUGAUGCUUUGAAAUUAGAAGACCUGGUAUCUUUGAUCUGCAAAGAGGAAUUGAAUGCCCUGACAAUUAUAAGUCAGCCUGAAGUCGAACGCCAAGAGGAACUGAUUUCGUUCUGGAUUGAAGAAAAUCAUACAAUGAAGAUGGAACUUGUAGAAAGUGACCACAUCCGGUUAAGGACAUGUGGAGACUCUCCCUUCAUUGAGAGCAUUGUCAAGCUGGACGCAAAUGGAGAACCAGUGACAGUAAGUAACUAUAGUGGUGGUGAGGACAUUGGAUCAAGCUGGACACAGAAAAUCAUGAACCUGAAACUGACUGACGCACCCAGUGCAGCUGCAGCUGCUGCCCAGGGUGAAUGUGCAGGUGACGAUGAAUGGGAUGACUAAGACAGACACACAGACAAAGGUGGACAAAUGUGCAGGAAGAAAGAAAAAGAAAAACAGAGAGAUACAACACUUCAACAGUUCAAAUUCAUCAUUUUUCUAUAGAACUACAACAGAAGCCCUACUCCUGAAUAUUUAGCUUAAAGCCCCCUUUUUUUAUGUCCCCUAAUCAUCCAUGAUAAUAUUCAUCAGCCUACAAUGUAUUUUGUAUUUUUUAAAUUUUAUCUCCAUAUUUUUUUUUUUAUUUUUGCACAUUACAUGAAUGUAUGUACGUAUGCAUGUCAAAACAAGAGACUGGAAAAAGUUUUUGGUAUUACUUAGUGACCAUUACACAUGUUUCAUUCACUAAUAGGAAUUAUAAAAUUGUACAUGUAAGAUAAACGCUUCAUCCAAAUUUAAACUUUUUCAUAAUUUUUUUUUUCUUCUCUGAAUGAAGAAACUCUAAUGGGUGAUACAGUCUGUUUCUCCUAUAUAUGCAAGUUUGUAACUCCUAUUAGCAAAUGAAACAUGUGUAAUGGUGAAUAAAUAAUACCAAAAGAUGUUUCCAAUCUCCUGUUUUGAUAUAUACUUACUCUGCAAAUAAUAGCUCCAAUAUCGUUCAACUCUUAUGCAUAUCUCACAUAAUACGACAUCUACAAAUGUAUUUGGAAUACUGGAAUAAGCAGAUGUGCUUCAAGAGUACACAACUUGCAUUUCAACCCUAUCAUAUAAGUAUAUGUAAAUAUAUAGCAGAGUAUAUGUGAAACAAGGUGGAAAAAAUAGUACUCAAAUACCAGAGGUAGAGUAAUAUUCUUUUUUUCCCCAUUUUUUUGUGAUAUCUUUGCAGAUUUAUUAAUAUGUAUAUGUGUACAUAUAUAUAUAUAUAUA